UAGACGUUGAUUGACGAAUCUUGGUAGUUUUUAUCGAACGUUAAACGAUUCUAUAGAUGUAUUGAAACAUUUCUGACAAAUAGCUAUAACGUUGUUUAGUUGGGAACAGGUAGCUUUUAAUAGAGUUCCUGUAUUUUCAAAAUGUGGUCUGUUCUCUUCGGAUUUACGAUGUUUUUUGUGGGCGAAACAUUUGGACAAAACGAUGAACCAUUGGUUAUUGGUGCCAUUGCUUCUGAGACUUACGACAUGGCGGACAUGACGUUCAACAUGCAAUUUGUAACGUAUGACGUCAUUGUGUACAAAGUCGACGCCUAUGACGUUUAUGACGUCCAAAAGACAGUCCGAUUCCUGGACCGGAACACCACAGUUGACGUCAUAGUAUUGCUCGAGCUUACACCGGAAGUUCAUCGCUUUUCCCACGUGGUCUUGCAUACGACACGGGCACCUAUCAUUGUCUGGGGUGAUAUUGGUGGUCCCUCGAGUGAGGUGAUGGCGACCAACCUGGGAACAACUCCAGAUAACAGGCGAUGUGGCUUAUACCGCAAACCAGCAGAUUUCUCCACAAGCACUCCAGCUCCAAGCACCGAUAAUGGUCUCAAGGAUAACCUAGUCUUAGGAAAGACCUUGUAUUCCGGUCCACUGGUUAUUGCCUCCUUGGUGGAGCGUUUGGAUUUGAAAUACGUCAUCGUCAUCUACGAAAAUUAUACAUUACUAGAGUUAUCGCCCUUGCUAGACGCGAUGUCCGCCCGUCGCGUCCUGUAUGCACUGUAUCACGUGGAUGAGCUGCACGUGCUCAGCACUGACGUUAAACGUUCGUACACAAACUUGAACGGAUUCACGACGCGCACGCAGGACAAGGUCGAUUUUGUGGUACUGUGCAGGCAGGCCUGUGUAAAUACCGUGCUCAAAGAGGCCAAUGAUUUCGAUUCCAAGUAUAACGCGAAUAAAACAGUUUUACGCAACUUAUCUCGCUGGGUGGUAGCGGUAUACGGUGACGUCAAUUUAGAGGAGGUGAAAAGAAACGCCUUUGACCUAGACAAUGUUUUAGUAGUUCCUGUUCCAGAGAUCAUUUAUGACAAACAUGAGGUUUUUACGAGCUCACUCAGGACGGUGAGUUUGGACGUAACGUCAAACGUUACUUUGGGCCUCGCCGAAGAGCCGCACGCUGACGAUUGGAAACGCAGCUUUAUUCGUAACUUAGAACAGGCUUCUGAAAAAGUUAGUACCCUUGCCGGCUGCGGGGGGAUACUCAUCGAGACGUUGCUUUGGAUACAGACCGGUCGUGACUUUUCCUCUGUCGGUUACGUGACUCCGGCGGGCGAGUUGGUUUUAACUGCAGACCUUUUUCCAAACGUUAACAGUGGUUAUAACAUGAGACGAUUCCACGUCUCAGUCAUUGAGUUCCCGCCAUAUGUUAUCAAAGUUAACAACACUGCCAAGGGCGUAUAUUUCACUGGCUGGUGCAUUGAUAUCCUUCGAGAACUGGCAAUUACUCUCAACUUUACGUAUUAUAUAACGGAAGUCCCUGACAACAAUUACGGCGUGGUCCUGAACCGCGAGAAUAUGACUUUCAACGGGCUCGUCGGACAGCUGCAGAGAAACGAAGUGGAUCUUGUGGUAGGCGACUUGGCAACCACGCGGGACCGGGAGCAGGUGAUAGACUACACGUACCCGUUCCACUUUGGCUACACCACAGCGAUACUGAAACGAGAAAAUCUGGACAAAUACAAGUGGAGAAAACUCCUCGAUCCAUUUAAGUGGCAAGUUAUCGCGGUGAUCGGCGGAACGCUAGUUGCAUGCGCGGGUAUCGUCUGCGUGAUGGAACAGCGAAACCCUUUCUACAUUCGCUUGCACGAAACCUCAGCAGAGGAACACAACUGUCGCCAGCAAAAGUGCGGAUUCCAGACAUAUGUUGGAGCCUUCUCCUGUCUGUUUGCCAGCCUUUUUAAUGAAGGUGACCUCCAUGUACCCCAGUCAAUGACGGGCCGGUCGUUCAUGAGCGCCUGGUGGUUGCUAUCUCUGGUGCUGUCCGCCACAUAUUGCGGAAAUUUAAUUGCAUUCCUCACCGUUACAAAGGAGAAGAUGCCAUUUGACACGCUCGCUCAAAUGGCGCAGAUGGCUGGCUCCUAUAAGUGGGGAACAAUCGGUGGAACGCUCUGGGAAGACAACUUCAUGACAUCGGAGAACCCCACAUAUAAAGAAGUCGGGAAUGGCAUCAGAGAGUUUAACAAAUCUGACCCGACUGUCCUUGCGAAGUCGCCCAAGUUCCACGUUGACAGGGUGAUUACCAGUGAGAACUACGCAUUUAUCGGUGACGACGGCACUAUCGAUAUCGCUAUUGCAAGUAACUGUGAUCUCGCUAAGCUCAAGGAGCGAGUCAUCCCACUCACGAACGCAUUUGCAUUCCCAGAUAGGUCCCCACAUGUCAGCAUUUUUGCUGAAAAGCUGAUGUCUAUGCACGAAUCGGGGUUGAUGGGAAAGUGGAAGCGACGCUGGUGGCCCCAAGGCACCGUGUGUGAGAACGUCCGAACAACCGCCAAACCUAUACAGCUUACAGACGUUCAGAGCGCUUUUUACAUAGCUUUAAUCGGGUUGUUCCUCGGGUUUUCAACCUUCCUUAUAGAGGUUAUCAUGAACAAAAGAAGAAGAAAAAUCUAGCCCCAGAUCCCACAGGCGUUCUGUACCGGCAUUGGGCAAUUGUCAUACGGACAGCAUGUUCUUACUCAAGGAUACAUUGCUUUUUAAUUUAGAUACUUUGUCCUAGUUUAUCCGGUGAUUCAAACUACUUUGGAUGUGCAUUCUAUAUCCGUGUCGGCUGUAAUUAUUGCGCUCAGGAAAAACAAAGACACAAGUAAAAUAUAAAUUUAAUUUGGCCGAAAUAAAGGGCUGCUAGAUUGUAAAUGAAAUUAACAUAGAUAUAAAGUUUUGUCAAAAGCAGCCAAAAAUCCUCAAUGCAAGGAUACACUACAUCAGAAAGCAUAAUAAAGUGAAAAAAAACAUAAUAUAAUAUUCAAUAUCCUUAAAUAAAAGAGGGAAGAAAAGGGGUAACUAUGUAAGCAAAGAUAAAAUUGAAAACUUGUUCGACAAAAAGAAAUAAAAGAAUCGGGCGGGAGGGAGGGAGAAAACACACGUCCGAACCGGAUUAAAACUAGAGAACAAGUGAGAAAGGCGCCAAAAUAAAGAAGGGCGGACAAUUAAACAUUCGGCGCUAAGAAAGAGUUCCCUCCCUUGAUAAUUAUUAAAUUUUCUCAA